AUGGACUACCUCUUCGAAACCACAGACUCGGUCUUUGAGAUCCUAUGGGACGUCGCGCUCGCCUUCUUCAUCGUCCGCAUCGCGCUAUCGUACUUCUUCUUCACCUUUACCACAACAACGCUGCUCUCAUGGAUCAUUUAUACAUAUCGCCGAUACUUACGACUGCCCCUUAUCUCCGAUCAGCAGCAGCAGCAGCAGCAGCAGCAGCAGCACCUCACAGUCUCACAAACCGAGCUUUUCUUCUUAGCAGUGCUGUUUCUACAAACCAUCAUAGGCCUCGUCGUUGCGCGGUACGUCGUGGCAGUCUACGACGUGCCGCGCGUGGCCUCGUUCCGGCUUGCGAUCGGAGGUCUGGCGACGGCGUUCCUGGCCGGCGCGGAGGGGCUACUCGGGUUGAUCAUAUCUGCGUUUUCAGACGAAGGAGGAGAGCACGGAAGGGACUGCUGGAUUUGGCAGAGUGUGAAUGGAUGGAUGAUGGUCGCAGCGAUGCUUGGCGGAUCGGUUGCCUUUGCGGCGAUGCCUGUGGUAUUGAUGUGGUUUGAGAGGUCCGAGAAGGCUCCGGUUUCUGCUGGAAGGGCUGAGGGGAAGGGGGGAGAUGGGGAUGCAAGGGCUUGA